AUGAAUUUUAUUAAAAGUUGCAUAUUAUCAACGGAGAAGAAAGAAGAAGAGGAAAUACCACAACUACCAGUCGAAAGUCCUGAUGUAAAGGAAAGUGGUUUUAAACAUUUGUUCGAAAUUCAACGCAUUUCAAAAAAACAACUUUAUGACCGUAAUCCGGAAUUUGUCGCUAAGUAUGCCGAAGAAAAAUUGAAACAAUUUACGCUUGUAGUAUGUGGGGCACCAAAAACUGGUAAAAGUACACUAAUCAAUGCUAUAUGUGGGAAAGCAGUUGCUGAUACCAGUGAUAGCCUUGAUGCCCUCACGACCGAUACAAAAUGUUAUCCAGUAGAAGGUGCGUAUCCAGUUAUAGAAGAGGAACAAGACUACCAGAAGAAAUUUCGUAUCAACAUUUAUGACACAAAAGGUAUAACCUCGUGGGAUUUGUCCAUAAUAGAUAUUCUCAAAUCGACCAAUCCAAUAUGUAUGAUAUACUGUGCAACGCCAGGAACAUUUGCUGAUUUGAGGAUGGUUGAAGAGCUGAUUAAAGAAUGUGUUAGAUUGAAAAUAUUUGUGGCUUUGGUAUGCACUAAUAUGUGGACAAACGACGAUGAACAUCGAGAAACUAUUAUGCAGGAGUUCGAUAACGUGUUAAAGGUAAAAUGA